GCAACAUACAGGCAGCUGGAAGUUUGGGGAGGAGUCUCUCCAAACAUUUCCUCCGUUCAUAAUCUUUAUUUAUUUUUCUUCUUUCUGCUGCAAAUGAGCGCACAUGCAAUUUGUAAGGCAAGCUUCUUGCGGGCUACCAUUUUUAAUAAUAAUCCCAGGUCUUGCACGCGUGACCUCGCGUUCUUUCCUUGUCACUUUUCGCGUGCGUUUGGUUGUGAGACGUAGUUUGCGGACCGGGACAAAGUUGUCAGCGAAUCUUCCUAUGGUAAAGUCAUGCAGUGUGAAACCCCCUGUCGCCAAUCCAUCAUGCAGUCUGAAAACAGUACCCCAGAUAGUCAUGCAGUGUGAAAAGAUCUGUGACCCGACAAGUUUGAAAAUCAUGCAGUCUGAACUCGGCAUAAGUAAGCAUUCGCAAUUUAAGACCACAAAACCGAAGUCCACAUGAAGUGCGCCAUUUGGGACACGGCCUAUAAGGUUUAAAAUAAAAAUAGCUCUCUUUCAUCAUAUCUUAGCGCCCUCUCCUUGGGAAACUGAGACUUCAGUGUGCAGAGCUGCUUGAGAGCUACGGCGUGCCUGUUCGUGACCCCACCGUCUUUCACUUCCUGUGGGUGGUCGACUUUCCCCUUUUCGUACCCAAAGAGGAUAACCCAGAGAUGCUGGAGUCUGCCCAUCAUCCCUUCACCGCCCCAGUACCCGAGGAUACCCAUCUGCUGUACAACAAUCCCCAAAAGGUGCGAGGCCAGCAUUACGACUUGGUUCUGAAUGGCUGUGAGAUCGGUGGAGGCUCCAUUCGUAUCCACAAUGCCUCUCAGCAGCUGUACGUCCUGAAGUCGAUCCUCAAGGAAGACCCUUCCCUUUUGGCCCAUCUGUUGGAGGCUCUGGAGUCGGGGGCUCCUCCGCACGGUGGUAUCGCGUUAGGGCUGGAUCGACUGAUCUCCAUCAUUGUAGGAGCUCCCAGUAUAAGAGACGUCAUUGCUUUUCCAAAAUCGUUCAGAGGCCACGACCUCAUGAGUCACGCUCCAGACUUUGUCUCUGAAGAUGACUUGAAGCCCUACCAUAUAUCAGUGAUCUGGCCCAACGUGGAUACAAAGGGUCAGCGGGAUAAUUAAGCUCUUAAACCGUUGAUAUGAGUAUGAUGUUCAUGAUUUCCGUGGGGACCAUGUGCUCGCCAUUUAUGCUUGUACCUGCUUGUGGGCUUUUUCAUUGGUGUAGACAAAUCAGAAGUCAACAGAUCGAUCAAACAUCCUCAUCAAAGCUGUAUUUAGUGUUUUCAAGUGCAAAUCUUUUAAAUUAAAAUCUUUCAAAUCUCUAAA